UAUUCUCACUCGUUCUCUCUAGUUUUCAGGUUUUCGCAAUCUUCAAGGAGCAAGGCCGUAACCAUCCAUCUUCCUAGCCGUGAUCAACACUUGUGCAUCAUCUUGGAUCUGCUUUGGACCUUGGGACGUGAUCAAGGAUCAAUGAAUGUCUGGAUCGUCUGAACCACCCAAGUACACCAAAACGCCCCUCCACGUCAUUCAAGCACGGAUUGAAAAGCUUAAGAAAAACUCGGAUCUCUUUGACGUCCAAGUUACCACUCCACUUCAAUUUCGUGAGCUUCAAUUAGAUAGUGAAGGGAAUAGAGUAGAGGGAGAAUCAGAAGCUUCUGACACUUCAGUUGUUCCAUCACCACACCAAACGCCACCUCCAUCACCUCGUGCACUCUUAGUCAUUCAACCACCACCACCACCAAUGGCUCUCACCAUCAGGCAACUCUCUACAUCUGUCAUCCCACCUGGUGGCGUUCCAACUUGUAUAACCUACCCUGCUGCAGCUGAGGGGGCAACUGCUGAUUUUGAGUUGAAGUCUGGGCUACUUCAUCGUCUUCCUACAUUCCAUGGACUCUCUAUGGAAGAUCCCAACCAACACUUGAUGGAAUUUCAGUUCAUAUGCACUAGCAUGAAGCCUCAAGGAGCUGAUGAGCAUAUUUUGAAGUUGAAAGCCUUCCCAUUUUCGUUGGCUGACAAGGCUAAGCAGUGGCUCUAUGAGUUGCCUAGUGGACGAAUUGCAUCUUGGGCAGACAUGAUGAAGGCGUUUCUUGAGAAGUAUUUUCCUACAUCUCGCAUCAUCAUGUUAAGGAAGAAGAUAAGUGGAAUCCAACAAGGGCAGGAUGAGUCCUACGCAGAAUACUUUGAGAGGUUCAAGUCUCUUAUCACUCAAUGCCCUCAACAUGGCAUGAAGGAUGAGACCUUGCUCACUUGUUUUUAUGAUGGUCUCAUACCUUUGGAACGAGACACGCUAGAUGCAGCUUCUGGAUGA